CGCAGCGGCCACGCCCGUCAGUCAGAUACUUUGUGCUAUACCUUCAUGCGGCGCGGGCGACAUCACUAGUAGCAUGUUGCAGGAGGCGGCAGAGGGGACACCGGGUUGGUCGGGGCAGCACGAGGGUGCAGCUGGGGAUGAUGGGGAGUGUGGACCUGUGCAGGAGUGGGCGACAGAGUCAGAGCAGGACAGGAUCGACCGCGAGGAGAGGAGUAGGGCGCAGGGGUUGGCUAGUAGCUGUGAGAUGACGCAGAGUAUUGCAUCGAGGGCACGUGUAGCGCGGAUGCUCGAGACGGGCGUUGCAGCAGGAGAUGCAGAGGUCGAGUGCAGCGGUGCGGGCGGAGGGGAUGCGGGUGAGAGACCUGCGUCGCCAGUUCACGGUGUUUGUGUAUUGCCUCUCCGUGGGGCCAUGUCGGUGGGGGAGUUGGAGUGGCAGGCAGAGGAGGACCCAUUGCAGGCAGAUCGCCGUGGGCGGAUGGACGAGGCGUCGAGGAGGUUGAUGGCAGAGGGCCCAGCUUACGUGCCUUGCAGCCCGUAAGUGCCAUCGUCCACCACAGAUGUCAUCACACCCGCACAUGUGGAGGGUCCUUGCGCGGCAGCGGCGGCACG